AUGCUGCCCCAACAAGCGCUGCCCGCCUAUCGCGGAGCGUAUCCACCUGGGUGUGCGGCGCGGCGCGCCAGGCUCGCCUUCUUGCACGAGAAGCAGAUCAUCCACCGUGACGUCGCCGCCCGCAACGCGCUCAUCGGCAAGGACAACGAGGCCAAGAUCAGUGACUUUGGCCUGUCGCGCGCCGGCUCGCUGCAUCAGGAGACCAAGCUGAAGAAGGUGCCCAUCCGCUACCUGGCCGUAGAGACGCUCACCAAGGGCAUCUACUCGCCCCGCACCGACGUCUGGGCGUUCGGGGUGUUGAUGUGGGAGGUAUUCAACGAUGGCAAGACCCCCUACGAGGACAUUGAUGACUCCAAGAUCAAGGAGAUCAAAGCGUUCGUGAAAAGGGGUGGCCGGAUGCAGCCGGGGGACACGUUCCCCGCCGAGCGCAUGAAGCUGUGCCAGAACUGCUGGCAGGAGGAUCCGAAUAAAAGGUUCAUUUUGGGAUUU